CCGCUUCCGCUUCCGGGUGCUUUCACCCCCCGAUUUGAGCCGGACUGUCUGACGCUGCUGGCUUUACGGUUACAGCCGAUUGCAGUGUGCCCCACGGGGAAUGAUAUUUCUUUCCGCCAGCCUCAUUUAACAGCGCGGUUUGUAAGAUCUGUAUUUCGGCAGGAAAAGGCAGAAGCGGAGCCAUGGCGACGCGCUCGGAGCGGGAAAAGGCCCAGAAGCUGAAUGAGCAGCACCAGGCGAUUCUAGCCAAAAUGCUGCGAGAGGAGGACAACAAGUACUGUGCCGACUGCGAAGCCAAAGGCCCACGAUGGGCUUCUUGGAACCUGGGCGUGUUCAUCUGCAUUCGGUGUGCUGGGAUCCACCGCAACCUUGGAGUGCACAUAUCACGUGUCAAAUCUGUGAACCUGGACCAGUGGACCCCCGAACAGAUCCAGAGAGUACAAGAAAUGGGCAACACCCGGGCCAGGCAGCUGUAUGAGGCAAACCUCCCGGAAAGCUUUAGACGACCUCAGACGGACCAAGCAGUGGAGUUCUUCAUCAGGGACAAGUACGAGAAGAAGAAGUACUACGACAAGAAUGCUGUCAGCGGAAGCAAUAAGUCCUCCGAGGCUGCUGUGCCCCCCACUGCCUCCCCCUCCUCACAGGCCACUGAGAAGAGCAAGGCGGAGAAGGAACGAGAGAAAGAAGAAAAGAAAGAAAAAGAUCCUGACAAAGGGAGCAAAUCUGUGGUUAAUGAGAAGUCUCAGAAAAGAGAUGAAAUCCAGCGAGACUCAAAAGCCAGUCCCAUGAAGAAUGCAGAACCAGCCGUUGACCUGCUUGGCCUCGAUACCCCAGCAGUUAGUUCUGGCAACAGUUCCAGCAACACGGCCCCACUUAGUGAUGACCUGGACAUCUUCGGCCCCAUGGUGUCCAACCCCCUGCCCUCAUCGAGUGCACAGCCUAACACAACAACUGGGGCACCUGCCACAGCGGCAGCAUCAGCUGCGGGGACUGUAGGGGGAAGUUCCAGCACUGCCCAGGGUGAAUUGGACCUGUUCAGUGAGAGCUCUGGCAAGGUGGAGGACACGGCCAAGAAACCCCUCUCAAAGGACUCCAUUUUGUCACUGUACAGCACCAGUGGCAUUGCCCAGCAGCCCACCCCAGCUGGCAUGUUCAUGGGAGCUUCCCAGAUGCAGUUUCCUACCCAGCCCCCGUCUGGGUUCCAGGGAUUUCCAGGCAUGGGCGCAGCCAUGCCCCCCACCACCAUGAUGGGGGCUGUAAUGGGCCAGGGGGGCACCAUGAUGGGCCAGAAUGCAGGCAUGAUGGUUGGCAUGACGAUGCCCAACGGUUUCAUGGGAGGCGUCCCAGCUGGGGUGAUGAGCUUGGCACCUGGGAUGAUGGGCCCACAGGGGGGUGCUGUGCCGGCUGGAGUGGUCCCAACACAGAAUAUGUACGCCAUGCAGCCUGGCCAGCAGGGGCAGUGGACUAUGAACCAGGUGAACCAGCAGAUGUCUGGCAUGAGCCUGAAUGGCACGGGGGCAGGAGCAGCAGUGGGUUUUGGCCAGCCUGGUACGUGGGCCGGGCCCCCCUCAGGCCAGACCCUCAGCACCCAGCUGUGGAAGUGAGUGACAGGGCGGGGCGCCUGCAGCGGAACCAGCCACGCACAUCAGCCAGGCUGUGCCGCAUAAGCGCCCCCUUGAUCAGUACCGUACUGACAAGUUUCUUUUAUUUCCAACCAUUAAUAAUGAGGAAUAUCGCCUUUGCCCGGCUGGUUAUGCAUCAAAGCAUUGGGUGGCCAGAGUUUUAAGUUUUAAAGACUGACAACUCUGUACGUCUUACGUACAAACUUUAUUUUAGUUUUUUUUUUUUUUUUUUUUCCUUUUUUUUUUUUCUCCAAAGCAUAUUAGCAAACAAGUUGCUGGACCAAUUAUACAAGCGUCUAAUAUAUCGUUACCAAAUCAAUAGUGAAUAAUAAUAGUAUUUAAAUGGAAGAGAAGUGGUUAUGUUAAAAUUCCUCUCCUGUGUGUAAUUUCCUAUGUCCCAGCUAUCCUCUAGAAGAUAUUGUAUAGGAAACUGUAUUGUGUGUUACCAUAAACAGAGAAAAUAGCCCCCUUCCUUUUUCUUUCAUCCAC